ACCCCAAGGCCCGUCCUCCUCAUUUCCGGGAAGUCUCUCUCUCUCUCUCUCUCUCUCUCUCUCUCUCUCUGGCGUUUCUUUAUUCCCUAAUCUAAAUCUCCCAUCUCAAGCAGUCCCACCACAAAAAUGUUUCAGCGCAGAUUCGUAAUAGAAGCAUCGGAAGCCGAAUCGAUGGCCAAAGAAUCAGGUCUUGCGGUUCUCCAGCUUCUUCCUUCCCUAGUUAAAGAGGCCCGGUCCUUGGCCUGCACGCCCAUCUCCAACUACCACGUCGGUGUCGUUGGCCUUGGAUCCUCCGGCCGCAUCUUUUUUGGGGCCAACAUCGAAUUUCCGGGCCUCCCUCUCCACCACACCAUCCACGCCGAACAAUUUCUCAUCACCAAUCUCACUCUCAAUGCUGAACGCGGCCUCAACUACAUGGCCGUUUCCGCCGCCCCCUGUGGCCACUGCCGUCAGUUUUUCCAAGAAAUUCGCAACGCCCCCGAUAUCCAGAUCCUCAUCACAGACGAUAGUAAGAAUAGUAAUUGCGGUGGUGUGGCUGAUAAUUAUGGGGACAUGAAGAAAUUCGAGUCCUUGUCCCACUUUCUACCGCACAGGUUCGGACCAGAUGACCUUUUGGAUAAGGAUGUUCCUUUGGCUUUAGAACCACAUCAUAAUCACUUGUCCUUUCUAAGCGAUUCUAAUAGUUACAUCCGAAAUGGGAUUACUAGUCCUGUUUGCGAUGAUUUGAAAUAUGCGGCUUUAGAGGCCGCCAACAAGUCCCAUGCUCCGUAUAGUAAUUGCCCAUCUGGGGUGGCGUUGAUGGAUUGUGCAGGGAAGGUCCAUAGAGGGUCGUACAUGGAGUCUGCCGCGUAUAAUCCGAGCCUGGGGCCUGUACAGGCGGCCCUUGUGGCUUAUGUGGUGGGCGGAGGCGGUGAUGACUAUGAGAAAAUUGUGGCUGCUGUAUUGGUGGAGAAAGAAGGGGCUGUAGUGCGACAGGAGUACGCGGCAAGGCAGCUUUUGCAGAUGAUUUCUCCCAAGUGCGAGUUUAAGGCGUUCCAUUGUAUUACGAGGUCUUGUUGAAUCAUCUUGUAGCUAUUGGUAACUUGUGUUUAUAUUCUUCUUACUAUCUCUUCCUGUAUUUGUUUCGAGGGCCAAUUUCUUGGCCAUGAAAGAUGGAAAUGAAUGAAUAUCUCUCUCUUAUAAUA